UAGCGUCUCCUGGUAAACUAAUUGUCUCACAUUGUCAGUGCAAAUAGAGAUACUAUUAAUGGGUCUCACCUCCCAGCUGAUCCCAGUGCUGGUCUGCUUACUGGUAUGUACCAGUCACUUCGUCCAUGGACACAAGUGCGAUAUUACCUUAGCAGAGAUCAUCAAAACGCUGAACAUCCUCACAACGAGAAAGAAUUCAUGCAUGGAGCUGCCUGUAGCAGACGUCUUUGCUGCCCCAAAGAACACAACUGAGAAGGAAACCUUCUGCAGGGUUGGAAUUGAGCUUAGGCGUAUCUACAGGAGCCACACGUGCUUGAACAAAUUCCUGGGCGGACUUGACAGGAAUCUCAACAGCUUGGCAAGCAAGACCUGUUCUGUGAAUGAAGCCAAGACGAGCACAAGUACGCUGAAAGACCUCUUGGAAAGGCUAAAGACGAUUAUGAAGGAGAAAUACUCAAAGUGUUGAAGC